AUGAAUAUGUUGGAUGAUGAAGAUGACCAAAGCUUUCACGCUACGCGUGACGGCUACUCCCAUUUGAGCGAUGUCGAAUGGGAUGCGGUUGAAAGGAUGGGCUCAACCAUGGGCAUCCAUGCUGUUAGCGCCAUGCUAGAGGCUCUCAAUAGAGAUGCCCAACAUGCUACUAUCGCCAAGUUCAUUCAAAAUGACUUUGACGCUGAACGCGAGAAAUUUGAACUGUUGAGACAGCAGCAGGCUACUGCUGGUGGGUUGAUGCACUCGCGUCGACCCGAGACUUUGAAGAUUGACAUCUCCAAGUAUAGGGGAGUCGAAGAGGACUCCCUCUUGAGAUGGUUCGUCGAAUUGGAUGACGCCAUAAAGGCGCGUCGCAUCGACGACGGGGAUAUGAAAGUUGCAUUUGCCCAGUCAAAUCUGGCAGGACGUGCCAAGACUUGGGCACUGGGGCUCAAGUUGCACGACCCAUAUGCGUUUGGGUCGUUGGAAGUCUUCAAGUCGCGGCUCAGACAAACGUUUGAACCGCCUUGA